AUGAGUGUGCUGGGAUCAGGCUUUGGUCGUGGUGCGCCUGGUGGUUUUGGCGCUCCGGCCUGCUCAACGGCAGGAGGGUUCGGUAGUGGAUUCAACACCGCCACAACUGGAGGAUUUGGUGCAGGAGCCAACACCGCCACAACUGGAGGAUUUGGUGCAGGAGCCAAUACCGCCACAACUGGAGGAUUUGGUGCAGGAGCCAACACUGUCACAACUGGAGGAUUUGGUGCAGGAGCCAACACCGCCACAACUGGAGGAUUUGGUGCAGGAGCCAACACUGUCACAACUGGAGGAUUUGGUGCAGGAGCCAAUACCGCCACAACUGGAGGAUUUGGUGCAGGAGCCAACACCGCCACAACUGGAGGAUUUGGUGCAGGAGCCAACACCGCCACAACUGGAGGAUUUGGUGCAGGAGCCAAUACCGCCACAACUGGAGGAUUUGGUGCAGGAGCCAACACCGCCACAACUGGAGGAUUUGGUGCAGGAGCCAACACCGCCACAACUGGAGGAUUUGGUGCAGGAGCCAACACUGUCACAACUGGAGGAUUUGGUGCAGGAGCCAACACCGCCACAACUGGAGGAUUUGGUGCAGGAGCCAAUACCGCCACAACUGGAGGAUUUGGUGCAGGAGCCAACACUGUCACAACUGGAGGAUUUGGUGCAGGAGCCAACACCGCCACAACUGGAGGAUUUGGUGCAGGAGCCAACACUGUCACAACUGGAGGAUUUGGUGCAGGAGCCAAUACCGCCACAACUGGAGGAUUUGGUGCAGGAGCCAACACCGCCACAACUGGAGGAUUUGGUGCAGGAGCCAAUACCGCCACAACUGGAGGAUUUGGUGCAGGAGCCAACACCGCCACAACUGGAGGAUUUGGUGCAGGAGCCAACACUGUCACAACUGGAGGAUUUGGUGCAGGAGCCAAUACCGCCACAACUGGAGGAUUUGGUAGUGGGUUCAACACCGCCGGUGGUUUGGGAUCUGGGGGGUUCGGAGCUGGUCCGAACACUGCAGGUGGGUUUGGAACCGCAAGUGUUUCAUUUUUUGGUUCAACAGCGGCUGGUGCUGAGUCCCGCCCCAAUGCGGUAGGCGCCUCUCAACAACAGGUUAUCAAUUGCCAAAGUGCCGUGGGUCGCUACCUGUUGGAAAUUGAUCAUGCUUACAAUGCCAUGCAUCCUAAUUGCCGCUUUCGGUCCUUUCUUUACAAUGUCUGUGCACCUGGGCAAUCCAUCAUGGCGGUUGAGCGGGAACGGCUUAUUUAUGCGGCGGCUGGUGGCGAAUGUAAGGAAGAGGACCUCCUACGGGCUCAACAGCGUAACCCCGAUCCCGUCCACUUGUACCCAACGAGAGUGCACUUCAUGCAGGAGCUGAAGAACCGCGUAGAGAAGCAGAAAGAGAUACUGGAAGCGAUGUCAAGGCAUGUGGAUUCGCUUGCAACGAAAGCUGACCACUUCCGUGAACUUGAUGAAGCUAAUGCAGCGCAGUAUCGUGAACUGCAGCAGGAGCAAGCAAUGCUUCAGCGCCGUUGGUACUCGUUGUUAAUGAAGGUAGAGACUCUGCGACAGUUGGGUCUGCCACUUGCAGAAGAAAGUCGCAUGGGCGGCAUAGCUAGUACCCUUAGUGCCCAACUCUCGGCACCAGGUAUGUACAAGACGGCGUUGACAGAAUUGCAGCCGUUCCUGGACGCGGAGUCUUCAACUAUCACAUCUUUCCUUCGCAGGAAUUCGGUGGGUGGAUCAGAGGGCGCCAUUUGCACACCUUCAGAAGGUGUUGGUACCCUGCGGAAUAACCGUGUAGAUCAGGCCCUGUUGAGGGACUGGGCGCGAUUUGCAGAGCGCAUACAACAGUGUGUGGAGGGUCUAAGCGAAUUGUUGGAACGUGAUGCAGCAGAUAUGCGGGCCAUCUACCAACGCGUCGCUUCCUCCUGA